UUAGAGAAACUGUCUUUCUUUAAGUACAUAUGACAGUCUUCAGUACGCUCUUCGGUAACUCACAAGCACACACACGAUAAAAAUCCCAGGUUUAUUUUCUGAGACACGAGAGCAGAUUUCGGCAAGAAUUCCUGGGAAAUACUGAGACCUCAAUUCCCGGCACACAAAACCCCUGUGAGUGCUGCGAUUUGGCAGAUGGCCCUGCGCCCUGAGGAAGAAUAAGGUGAAAAGAGAAUUUGCCUGCUCUGAUUUACAAUACGCAGUCAUAAAAUCCUUUAUUUGUUUUGUUAGAUGCAAAACAACCCGCAGUCCUGCUGCUGUCUGUCACUCCGACAUGUGAGCACCACGAACAACACUCAGAUAUUAACAGACAGUAUGUGUGAACCAGAAAUCAGUGAACAGCAGUGAGUGAAUCUGGAGACAAAGCAGAGGGAAAAAAGAGAUUGUUUUCGCUGCCCCGAAGAGGCCAAAAAAUCAGUAAAUGCAGGCCACCAUCCAAGCAGAUAUGUCAGUCAACUCCUCCAACUCCUCCCUCUAUCUUCUAUUCUACCACUGCUUUGACUCCAGAACUGCCGUUUUCAUAUACACUACUUAUUUAAACAUCAAAAUCCUCCUCGGCCUCCCUCUCUCCAUCCUCAUCUUCUACCUGGGUCACCGACAGUGGCGGCGGCAGAGCUCCACCACGAGGACGAGCCACUCCGACGUCUUCACCUAUCACUUGGCUGCCAUUGAGCUGACUACUGUUGUUGCGUUCAUCUUCUUCUUUUGUGGCAGCUACACUGAUCUCCCAGUGAUGAAGAAAGUAGGGUUCUAUGUUGGUAACAUGGGUUUUCCUGGAGAGAUGUUCUUUCACCUCCUGACCUGUGUGGAGCGUUACCUGGCUGUUGUUCACCCCGUCACCUACCUGGGCCUGAGACAGUCAGGUGGAGUCAGGAUCAGAAACAUUAGUGUUGUGUGUGUUUGGCUGCUGUGCUUUGGAUGGACUGGUGUAUUAGCUUUGUACGACCCUCAUUUUCCCAGCAUCCCAUUUUCCUGCAUCUUGGUCUUCACCUUAUUUGUUGUCUCCCCCUGCAGCCUUUCUGUUCUCUGUGUUCUGAUUCGUCCAGGGCCAGGGAAAGUGGGCGGAGGUGAAGAGCGGGUUGACCAAUCAAAGCAGAGGGCUUUCCACACAGUCGUGGCCAUAACGGGAGUGCUGUGGUUGUGGUUUGUGGGGCUCCUUGUGUGUGUCGCUCUGGAGGCGUCGUUGCUGUUGAGUUACAGUGAUGGAUGUGUGGUGGCGGUAUCUGCAAUCUGGUUGAAUCUGCCCAGCAGUUUGGUGUUACCGCUGCUGUUUCUACACCGGGCCGGGAAACGGCUGUGUUGUCGUUACAGCAGUGAUUAAUUAGACAAGAGUAAAUUUGACUGGAUAAUUUACUAUAUCAGAGCUGCACACAGUAAACUAGAACACGAGGCUGCAGUAGAGUAGAUUAAAUUUGAUAUCAUUCAAUAAAACAAGAGACAGAAACAGGACGUCAUUUGCACGUUUAUCAACCCGACCAGGAUCGCAGAUUUUUGUUGACUUGUUGAGUCAGAUUGUAAUUUUGAGCAUCUUGGCUCAAAAUAUCAAAUACAGUUUGAGAGCUCUUUUGUGUUAAAUUACAACAAAUGGUAGUAAUGCUUAAUGAUCACAUGAAGUAUUGUGGCAGCAAUAAUAAUAGUAUUGGUAGCAGUAGUAAUAUUUGUAAAUAAUAAUAAUAUUAGGAUUAGUAGCAGCAGUGAUAUUAUUGCUAAUGUAACUUUUUUUCUGUCCUACUGGGGAGCACUCUGUCAAAACAAUGGAUAACAAAAUGAUUAAAAUAGUCCAGGUCUGAGUCCUGGGGGGUGGAGGUGAGCCGCUGUUCCUCCUCUGCAAUCGGGCCGUGUCCGGGAGCCGACUCCCCCCUGUGGAUCAUGGAUCAGUCUCUACAGCCAUCUGAAGACCCACAAGCAGACGACCCAACGGAGAGGACAGUCGCACUCGCCUCGAGGGAGCACCGAUGAUGGUGUGUGUGUGUGUGUGUGUGUGUGUGUGUAGGGAAAGGUUGUGGUGAAAUCAAGUUUACACACCUCUAGCUUUGAAGUUGUUUGUGUGUGCGCGUGUGUGUUCAUUUGCUGGAAAGCACAACAGCGUGACACAUUGAACAACAGGAAGCUUGAAGGGACAGUUAACCCCAAAAUCAAAAAUACAUAUUUUUUGAAUAUAAUGGGACUAUAUGGCACUUGGCUUGUGCUGCUCAAAGCACCAAAAUAUUUGGAAGAACUAUCAGUACUAAGGAAAUAGUUCCUACAUGAAACUGCUCACAACAAUCUGUGGAUCAUCUUGAGUAACCGGGUCAGGAUUUCUGGAAAGAGACGUUGCUGUUGAGUUUUAUGUAAAAUGUAUUUUUUGGCGCUUUGAGCUCCACAAGCUGAGCGCCAUCUAGUAGUUGGGCAUUUACAACAGUGAUUAAAGUGUUGACUGUAAUGACUGUAAAGAUGUCCCAGUCUGUUUGAUUCUGCCACAGCUUCACAACCCACGUGGUCUCAACCAGUAACUGAAGUUUCUCAAACUCCAGACCUUCCUGAGCCGCUGACAAAACUGCGGGAUGUGGAUUGAAAUGUGGAUUCAGAGUUAAUAACUCUUUACAAGAACCUCCUCACAGACAUACUUGAAGGGUAGAAAUCCUUUAAGUAUGUCUUGAAAAAGAUGACACUGACUGAUCUAUUGAGAGAUAUAUAAGAUCUUCAAAUGUAGAGGUCGAGCUAAAAUUGCAAUUGUGAGAAACUUUGGUACAAAAUAUGGUCCAAACUGCACAAUUUGAUUUUAAUACGCACCUUUUUGUUUGUCAUUUGGAAGUUUUUUGGAAUUCAUUUUAAUGUUUAGGAAUGUUUAAAAUGGGAAUCAUAAACUUGUGUGUGCACUAAUCAAUGACAUUGUAGUAUAGUGAU